AUGAUCGCUACCCAUCGUGUCAUCAUAGGAGUUCCAGGUGCAGUAGGGAGUUAAACUCGAGGAGACAAAAGUUAAAUCGAUUACAGAGGAGGAAUGGACAGAGUAUGAGAUCCCCAAGAGACACGAUGAGCAUUAAAAUCGCCUGUGAUGACGAUAUGACCAGGAGAUGGAAUAGAAUCGAAAAGAUUUUCCCAAGUAAAGGAAGGAGAAUUAGAGGGGUGUCUAUAGAGCGAGAUGAUAAAUAAAUCGACAUGUAAAGAGGAAAUUUUUGCUCCCACCGUCUCAAGGGAAUCCUCUAGAUAAAAUAUAGAGUUAAGCUUUGUGAAAGGAAUCGUAUUUUUGAUGGCGAGGAGAACACCGCCAGAUUUAUUGGAAGGACCGUCCCUCCGAAGGAUGUGAAAAUCUUUAAGAGAAAAAAUUUUAUCUGAAGAGAGCCAUGUUUCGGACAGCGCAAGGAUGUCGAAUUGUUUACAGAUGUGGGAGAGGAAGUCAAUUUUGUUAAGAAUACCAUGGCAAUUCCAUUAUAGCAGGGUAAGAUCAUUAUGAGAGAUUAUUCGACUCAUAUUAUGUGGAAGGGGGAGAGGAAGGAUUGUUAGAGCUAGCAGGGAGAUUACGGAUAAAAUGGAUGAUAGAAGGAACAAAUUCGGGUAGAUUAGAAGAGGAGAGUAAGGGGGGCGAACCCAUGCAGCGGAAUGGCGUAACGCGGAACGAGAGCGGAACCAAUCACAAGCGUUCAGUGGUUUUCAUCGUUUUUGUCGAUUUUCCGCUGUUUUCAACGGCUUUUAGCGGAAUGGAUUUUAGCGGAACGGUGCUAACUGUAUGUACAUUUAACCUCAAAGUGUGCAAUCAAUGCAAUCAGUGCAAUACAUGUGAUAUAAUAUAUAUUAAGAUAGAGAAUAAUAUAUUUACCAUGAGUACGAAUACGAAAUUAUCACAAUUAAGCAAGAAAUGUGGAUAUUGUGGAUGGAUUUUAACAAAUAACAUGGAUAUACUUCAACCAAUGCACCAUGUUUUUCUGAUUAUGAUAUAUGAAGCUAUUAACACAAUAAUUAUUGAUGAAAAUAACAUUGUGACUAUAGGAUAUAAACCUGGUAUUGAAGUCAAUUGUUCUAAUUCACAAGAUACAGAUGAAAUGUUGAUAGCAUGUGUUUCUCAGAAACCUGCUUUAUAUCAUCAUCGAUUACCAGUUUCUGAGCGAACAAAUUUGAAAAAAAAUGCCUUGUGGCAAGAAGUUUGCAAUAUGAUGGGAGACAUCAUGGACGUUACCGCUGCCAAAAAGAGAUGGAAAUAUUUAAAGGACUGUUAUGCAAAGGAUAGAAAGAAAAGCAACGAGUACAUACCAAGUGGAUCAGCAGCUCCUAAAGCACGGAAAAAUACUUUCCGUUUUUACGAGGCCAUGAGCUUUUUAAACGAUUGUAUGGAAACAAGACAAACAGUAAGCACUCUGCCCAGAAAUUCAUCAGUCUCAAACAAUCCAUCUGUAUCAAUAUCACAGGCAUUGACACUACGGGCAUCAUCAAUAGCAUCGACUUUUAAUAUGUCGGAGAAUGGGAACACUGCAUCAUCAUCUGAGAAUGCAGAAGAAUGUGCUACAUUAAGUUCUAAUUCCUAUUCAUCGAAAAAAAAAAAAUCAAAAAGAGAUUCUAACAGUUUAGAUGAAGUUUUUUUAACAACAUUAAUGGCCGAACCAGCGGCACAAAAUGAUCCAAUCUCUAACUAUGCACUGAGUUUAGCUGAUGGGCUUCGCCGACUUCCUUAUAAUGAAAGAGCAAAAUUGCAGAUAGAGUUUCUGAGCAGGGUAAUGGAAGUUCAAAACAGAUUAGAUUCAGAAAUGUGUCCACCCUAACGCUACGAUAUAUUUGCUAAUAAGUGAUUAAGUGAUAUUACAUUAUAAAAUAUAGUAUAUAAGCGAU